CAUCUCAAAAGGAAACCAACGAUGAAGAUAACUUGUAUAGCCUUUGUGCUCCUCAUCCAAACAUUACGAUGUUUGGCUUCAGAUGAUUCACCAUUUGAACUUACCAACAAGGCCACUGGUUUCUGUUUGGUUAAACGUCAUGACCACUGCUAUUCCAUGUUUUGGGUAACUGGUGACAGACUUAUGGUUUCCUGGACAAACAAGUGCGUUGGAGUCCAGGGGAAAAAUGUGGGAAGUGGAAUAAGCCUCUAUGAUUGUGAUGAAAAAAACGACCUCCAAAAGUGGGAAUGCAAGAAUGGAACAGCGCUCGCCCUCAAAGGCCAUGAGCUUUACAUCGAGCUCACUGCAGAUAAUACAGCAGUUCUCUCCAGAACAAUAGGACCCAAUAACCACCUCACAAUUUCAGGGACAUCCAGCGGUGCUUGUUCAAGAACAUACAGAGAACUUUACACCACUGGAGGAAAUGCAAAUGGCAGGCCUUGCAUGUUUCCUUUCAUGUUCAGAGACCAGUGGUACACAUCCUGCACUACAGUUGACUCCCCAAACCGACCUUGGUGUGCAGUUGAAACUAAAUAUGAUCAUGAACUCUUUGGCUACUGCCCAGUUAACACCAGGGAACACUGGAGCAAAGACGCGACUACGGGAUCGUAUUACCAGCUCAACACACAGGCAGCUCUGACUUGGCAGCAGGCUGAAACCAGCUGCAAACAGCAGAGUGCCUCCCUGCUCAGUCUCUCCGACCCACAUGACCAGGCUUUCGUCAGCGCGCUACUAGGGGCAGCAGGCAGGGGACAGGAGGACAAGCUCUGGACUGGGAUGACCAGGAACCAGGACCAUGGCUGGCAGUGGGCUAAUGGGAAGCCUUACCGCUAUCUGAAUUGGGACUCAGGACAUCCACUUCCCAAUCCAGGAUACAACUGUGCAAUAAUGGAUGGUACUGUACAGUACUCCUGGCAAAGUUUACCUUGCAACAAGAAACUUGGGUACAUCUGCUACAGUCCUGGACAGGUGGCUACUCCAACUCAAGCUGCAACAUCAUAUUGCUCAAAACCUUGGAUUCCCUACAAUGGCCACUGCUUCUACCUUAAUCGUACUAAGAUAACAUGGCUUAAUGCUCAGAAAGCUUGCCGCAGACAAGAAGGGGACCUAGUGGCCAUCAGCAAUGUGGAGGACCAAAGCUUUGUCAUCUCUCAACUUGGUUAUGCAUCCACUGAUGAGCUUUGGAUUGGACUGAAUGACAGGAGGAAAGAGGGGCUGUUUGACUGGAGUGACACCUCUACUGUCAGCUUUACCAGCUGGGAGAAUGGGGCACCAGCUGUCUCAACUGACAGGGAGGACUGUGUUCUCAUCAGGGGAGAGAAUGGGAACUGGGCUGACCGUGUGUGUGACGAGAAACAUGGCUACAUUUGUAUGAAGAUUAGUGACUCUGGACCCUCUGGAGAUGAAGUGGAGCGGAAUAUAGGCUGCAAACCAGGUUGGAGUAAACACGGCUCCUACUGCUACUUUGUAGGAACGGAGACAAAGACUUUUGAUCAAGCCAAAGAAGACUGCAAGGCCACAGACUCCUACUUAGCAGAUGUUUCAAAUGGGGUGGACAAUGCUUACCUUGUCAGCUUGGUGGGGUUGAGACCAGAGAAACACUUCUGGCUCGGCCUGUCAAACCAGAAGGACAUUGAUCAGUUUGUGUGGACCAACAAAAACCCAGUGAGGUAUACUCACUGGAACGCUGAAAUGCCAGGGCACCAACAGGGCUGCGUUGCAAUGACAACUGGAGUUCUUGCCGGCCUCUGGGACGUUCUGCCCUGCACCAAUACAUCUAAAUACAUCUGCAAACACCUGGCAGAGGGGGCGGCAGUAACUCGUGCACCACCAACCGUUCCCCCUCCAAAGUGUGCGGACGGCUGGACUCGAAUGGCAACAAAAAACUUUUGCACUAAGGUGUUUUCAGAGUCUUCAUAUUCAGACAAGAAGACGUGGUAUGAUGCCAGGGAUUACUGCAGGGCCAUUGGAGGAGACCUGCUCAGCAUCCACAACCCUUUUGAUCAAAUAAUUGGAGGUUACUCAAGAGUCUGGAUUGGACUUAGUGCCCCUGACCCAGUCACUGGUUACGUGUGGAGCGAUGGGUCCCCUGUAAACUUCCAACACUGGGAGGAUGGACAGCCAGACAAUAAAAACAAUGUGGAAUCUUGUGCUGAAUACAAAGUAUACAAUCGGGGACACAGCGGGUCUUGGAAUGAUGAGCAGUGUGAGAAGCACAACGACUGGGUGUGUCAGAUCCGUGCAGGAGCAACGCCAAAGCCGCCUCCAGGCCCUGUCAUUCCUGACUACAAUAAGACGUCAGAUGGAUGGGUGCUAUGGAAUGGGACCCAGUAUUAUUUUAACACGAAAGAGAUGGCCAUGGAAGAAGCUCGUAGCUUCUGCCAACAGAGGCAUGCUGACUUAGUAAGCAUCAACAGUGAAGCUGAAGCUGUGUUUUUGUGGAAACAGAUAAGUCAGAAUCGUUAUUUUCACUGGAUAGGCCUGACAAUAGACCUUGAUGGAACAUUUACGUGGAUGGACGGUUCUCAGGUGUUGUAUCAAAGAUGGCACGAGGGUCAGCCUGAUUUCAAAAAUUAUGAUGAGAACUGUGCUUCCAUGUCCCCUUGGAAUGGGUUCUGGCAUGAUUAUAACUGUGGGUUUGAGCAUAUGUCGAUUUGUAAACGCAGCAUCUCACCACCCACCAACACCACAGUGCCACCCACAGUGGCCCCGGAAGGUGGCUGCUCUGCCCCCUGGAAAAAAUUCAACUCUCAGUGUUACUUCGUCAAUAAGAAAGACAAAUUAACAUGGGAAGAAGCAAGGAAACAAUGCCAAGCUAUGAGUGGAAACCUGGCCUCUAUUUCUUCAAGACAUGUGGAAGUGUUUUUGAUGUCUCAAAUGGUUGACACACCCACUACGGACCUGUGGAUUGGUUUCCAUAGUUCAUAUUCACAAGGAUUUUAUUGGACUGAUGGGCGACCAAGGAAAUAUGUCAACUUGGGUUUUGAUAGAGGCCAUAUACCGUAUUGGUACUACUACCACCACUCUGGAUCAUUUGCAAGAUCUAGGCUUUUGAGAGGAUAUUACUAUCAACAGAAAAAGUGUGUUGUGCUCAAUACCAAUUCUUCCCUUGGCAUUGGGAAAUGGAAACCAAAAUCUUGCAAUGACACCAAUGGAUUUAUCUGUGGUCGAAAAGUUGUACUUAUUGACAAAGACUCCACUGAACCAACAAUUUCUACUGGCUAUGUCAAAAUAUUAAAUGACUCUAUGAAGGUUGUUACUCAACAAAUGAACUGGGAUGCAGCCAACAAGCAGUGUGAAAGUGAAGGAGGCAAACUGGCUAGCCUGCGAAACGAGUGGUCACAGGCCUAUGUUGAGCUGCUGGCUUUCAAUCUCAAAGCUCCUCUGUGGAUUGGACUGAACAAAGAAAAGACCAAUGGAUUUUACAAAUUCACUGAUGGCUGGCACAUGACCAUUUCUCACUGGGGUAGAAAUGAACCAAACAAGUCAAGACCUUGUAUCUAUGUGGAUGUGGAUGGAAAAUGGAAGUCAGCUUAUUGCAAUGAGACCAUGAAAAGUGUUUGUAUGACAUCUACAGAUGUGGCACCAACAGAGACAAGUAGUUUUCCAGGAAUUUGCCCUGCAGACCCAGAUUUAUCCGGCAGACGCCAGAAUUACUUCUGGAAACCGUUUAAGGGUUACUGUUACAUCUUUUUCACACAAGUAAAAAACUGGGCAGAUGCUUCAAGUAGUUGUGUGAGACAUGGUGGAUCACUGGCCAGUAUUGAAGAUCCGGAUGAGCAAGAAUUCAUUAAAAGCAAUGCAAAAACAUUUGAAGACAGCCACACCUCCUUCUGGAUUGGCCUGUUUCGAUCUCACAAAGGGGAGUGGCAGUGGUUGGACAGGACGGUCAUGGACUUUACCAACUGGGCUACAGAUCAACCUGAAAGUAACGAUUGGGGAGGGAUUAGUUCCUCAGAUGGGACAUGGAUCACAGCCCGUUCUUACUAUUAUAGACCAUACAUCUGCAAAACACGCAAAGUACAACCAACAACGCCACCAUCACCAUCAACAUCACCACCUGCUGGUGUUCAUCUUCGUAGCCACAUAGCUUUGGCAGGUGUGGUGGUCUUAACUGGGCUUGCAAUGGGGGCAGCCAUUGCCUUCUUCCUCAUCAAGAAGUUCAGUCAUCGCUUACCCAUCCCUGCAAAGUUAAGCACCUUUGAGAACCCUCUCUUCUUCAGCAAUCAACAGUCAGAUGACACCAAUAAACUGAUAGAGAAUGAAGAGGAAGAGAACCCUGAGCCUAUUAUAACUCUGUGAAUACCAAAGACAAAACAAACCAACAGGAUCUCAUGGACACAUACUCUAUCGAGAAGUUAGAGGCGUUCUCUGUUGCAUGGCCACUGAUUUUAAAGUCUGUUCUGAAAUAGGAGGAGUUUCAAUAGAGUUGGCCAUUUAGUAAUUUAGACUGUAUGAUGUAUUUUGAGUGCUUCAAGUUGAAUUUUUUUUCAUAUAUUUUUGUCAUGGCUAAGGAGAGACUGAUUCAUUGAUUGUACUGGGAACAAUGUCUGCUUUUUUUUAUUUUAUUGCUGAUUUACUGUUUAAACAAUGCUGUUUAUUUUAAUAUUUGACAUGUUUUGUGGAUUAUCUUGAGUAAACAGCUGUUGCUGUUGGGUUUUUCAAGCAUACAUUUUUGGUGCUUUGUGUACCACAAGCCAAGUGCCAUCUAGUUCCAUCAUAUUCAAGAGAAGGAGAAACAUCUCUAUGGCCGGUCUCUCCAACACUCUACACCAAAAACAAUCUAGAUGUAUGAAUAUUACUAAAGGUAAGAGCAUGUGUUGUUGGUUUGGGGGUGAACUGUCCCUUUAACUGCAAGCUAACCAGCUUCCCUCUUAAGAUCUGAGCUCAUGAUUAAUACAAUCAGGCCAGACACUCGCAUUAUUCAGUUGGGACAUAAGGGCAAGGGUUAUGUUCGAAUGAAGUCGGGGAUUUUUUAGAGGAAAUGUUUUGGCCAAAUUGUGCUGAAACACACAACAGUUGAACGUUUCACCAAGGGUUACCAAACCCUCAAUUUGAAUUUGAUGUUUCCCAAUUGCUUUGUCUACUAAGCAUUUUUUUCUAGCAUGUCUCACCUGUUACUAUUUGACCUCUUACUCAACACCAACAUUGUCACAGCUUACUUCUCAGAUUCACACAAGCCACUUCCUCUAUGAACUCUUUUUUUGUUCAGCACACUCUGUACAGGCAACAAAAAGCAGCAGCCAUGACUAUUACUUAAGUUAAAGUUUGUAUUAUCAGCAAAAUGU